UAGGCAAGCCCUCCAGUGUUAUUCGUCGUGUCGGUUGCCGAACAACAGCAGCAGUUUUAUAAGGCACACACAGCAGCGCUUUCUCUCUCUCUCCCAACUACGAAACAGUUUAACGAGAUAUAUUUACUGGGAGAAGAAAAAACGGAAAAAAAAGAAGAACUGGGUUGUGUGCUGCAGAGCCCCAUUGUGAAUCGUGAUGUUCAGUUCAACCGACGUCUGUCUUGUGAAGUAACUUCGUCCGGGACCCAUACUAAUAGUUUGUGAAGACCGUCAGUAUCAACAGUGAGGUGGUUGCUGACUGUUGUGGACCGCCUGCUCUCCUCCCUCAGUGCUCAGCAAGUUUGGUUUACAUUAACGGGCCAAAUGUUCAUUUAGAUUAACACAAACAUCAGCAGCAGCAGUUCUUCGUCAUGAAAGUCACUGUUUGCUUUGGACCUGUCAGCGUGGUGGUUCCUUGUGGCAAUGGAGACAUUUUGGUCAGAGAUCUCAUCAGCCAGGCUGUGACGAGAUACAGAAAGGCAUCCAACAAGUCAAAUGAUGCUGCCAUUUCUGUAGCGGCUCUUCGAUCAUCGGAUGGCGCCAUUCUAGAUCCGGAUGACCGACUGGCCGAUGUCGUCGACGAUCGGGAACAGUUGGCCGCUUGCCUUUCCAAUGGCGGCGGUGGUGGUGGCAGCGGAUCUGAAUUGGACGAGCCUUCCCUGGGUGUCCCCUUGGUGCUCGGCCCGCGGAUCGGAUUGAUGAAUCUGCGAGGCGACGGCACUUCGGCCAGUUCCAACUCCGGUUCACCUUCGCCGACCGAUUUCGGUCUCCAUCACCAUCACCACGGCUACGGCGUCGUCGGCGGCAGCAGCAGCAGCAGUCAUCCAGCCAGUCGAAAGGACAUUGAGGUCACGGGCCAAGAAGCGGCCACGGGUCUCAUGGUCGAUCACCUGCACCUGCAGGUCAGACGCGGAUCAGAGCCGGCUCUCAAUCGCAUCAGUCCCGACGCUCCGUCUACCGCGCCAAACACCACAGGCUCCUCAUCUUCUUCAGCCUCCACCGGCCAUCACCUCCACCACCACGCAGACAUGCCACCUACCACCUCCAACAGCAGAGACUACAAGAGGUGGUCGGCAGCCCCCAUUGUGGAUCCCACAUCGGAUUCCGACUGCGAGGAACGUGACUUGGAAGUCGUACGACGCCACCCGUCCGGCCCGCGGUUCGCUCGAUCCGGCGCUCGCGUCUCGAUGCAAAUUUUUGGCGGAGGCGUUGGCAGCGCCGCCAACGGCGGAAGCCAUAACAAUGCUGGAUAUCGGUGGGCAGAAGCGGCCGACAAUGCCUUACUUUCCGCCGCAACGGCUCCGACGGGGGUGGCCACACCGACCGCAACUACUCCGCCCGAUUAUGAGGAGACGAUGCACCGGAGGACCCGCAGCCUCAGACGGGAACCGGUGGGCGCCACCAGCGAAUCGAUUCCGCUCAGCGACGGCCAUCACCACCUCUACCAGCCGCACCACCUUAAUAACAGCAGCAACAACAACAUGCAGUCCCAAUUGGCAACAACUCAACUGGUGGUGCUGCCUAAUGAAGGCGGCCAACCCCUGGGCAUCCACGUCGUUCCCGAUUACUCGCCCCUGGGUAACGAAUUGGGCCUAUUGGUGCAAGGCGUCGAGCCCGGCGGCCGGAUUUACCGGGAUGGACGCAUCGCCGUUCACGACCGCAUCGUCGAGAUCAAUUCGCAUCCGCUCAAGGACGUGCCUUUCCACCGAGCUCAGGAGCUCUUCCGCAACGCCCUCCAGAGUCGUGACCUUCGUUUGCGGAUAGUCAAAUCGAACGGAGAAGUGAGUCGCGGCCCGGCGUCGGAUCAGUUGGAUGAAAUGACGCAACAACAACAACAGCAGCUGCAACAGCCGCAACUAAUACAGACUCAACAACAACAGGCGCCCCCUUCCCGUGUGGCCGCCGUGUCGCCAACUCGCAAGACACCGGCCGUCGUCCCUGGAACGGGCCGAGCCAGCAACGCCCUCAUGACUGUCAGCACGAGGAAAAUCGGCAAAAAACUGGAUUUGGAGCUGACGAAAGGCCAUGAAGGACUCGGCUUCAGUGUCACGACGCGUGACAAUCCGGCUGGAGGGCUUUGCCCCAUUUACAUCAAGAAUAUCUUACCCAGAGGUGCCGCGAUUGAGGAUGGCCGACUGCGCUCCGGUGAUCGACUUUUGGAGGUCAACGGCGUGGAAAUGACGGGCAAAACUCAGAGCGAGGUGGUUAGCCUUUUGCGCAACAUUCCCAGCGGCGGUGUCGCCCGUCUCCUAAUUUCCCGACAGGAAACGGAAGAAGAAAUCCAACAGUCGAACCAAUUGCAAAAUCAACAAAUUCAAUCGUCUCAGCUUCAAUCGUCGACUCAAACUCAGCAGACGAGUCCCAAAUUGCCCAGGCAGAUGAAAUCCAUCAGCAGGGCCAGCGAAGAGAGUCUGCUGCUCCUGCCCUGGAAGCAGCGCGAGAUCCUCACACUCGACAUUCCCGUCCACGACACGGAAAAGGCCGGCCUCGGCAUUUCAGUCAAAGGCAAGACGACGUCGUCAUCGGGAAAUGGCACCAGCGACCUGGGCAUCUUCAUCAAAUCGGUUCUGCACGGAGGAGCCGCUUCCAGGGACGGCCGGCUGUGCACCAACGACCAGCUCCUUCACGUCAACGGCGUCUCUCUGCAGGGGCGAUCCAACACGGAAGCGAUGGAAGGAUUGAGGCGGGCCGUCCACCAGGAGGGUCCCAAGCCCGGGCACAUCACCCUGACGGUUGCCCGCAAGAUGCACGCGCUCAAGGAUCGUGAAGUGACGCUGGAAGGGCAGUCGCAGGACGACACGGUGAACGGAACGGUUCGACUGGGCGGCAACGGGGGCGACAGCUCCGGCAGUUACGAUCAUUCCGGAGGCAGUAGCGACCAAUCUGGUUCCACCGUCAUUUUUGUCAGCGGAAGCGGAUCAGACAGUCGUGAGAGAAAUCUCGUGAAAGACAAUCGACUCUCCGGAAUCUCCUCUGACCUCCGCAACGAGAGUUACUACCGGGCCACGCACGAAACGUGGAACACGACGCAGUUGCAGGAGACUUUGAUGAAUUCGUCGAAAUCGAACGGUGGGCACCAGACGAGUGUGGUGCAGCAGGGUCCAGGGCGGAAACAGCAUUCGCAAAACAGCCCAACGGUCCACUUGACGCCGGGCGAGGUGGUUUCGAUUGACGGUGAUUACCUGCCGCAGUCGAGGCCACGCCCACCCUCUAUGAUGAUGAUGUCGACGUCCAACGGUUCCUCGGUGGCCUCUACACCGGAUAUGACCAUGAACUUGCCUUGGCAGCAACAGCAACAACAUUCCAAUAAUAACAUUCGUGGUCCCGGUGGUCAACGCUCUGGACCGACGGAUGGACGCGACCGACCGUGGCCCAAUGCCGAGCAGCCGCAGCCGCCCCAGAGUCCCCUGUCGGAAACAUCCAUGCGAUCCGAUGGACGUCCCAGCGAUUCGGAAGCGCCCACCUACACCAGCCAGACUUCUUUGGACACGGACCCGAACGCUCCCGGCUUUUCUCGCGACCAGUUUGGUCGUCAGAGCAUGUCGGAAAAACGGCACGCCUCGCUGGACGCCAAGAACACGGACACUUAUCAAAGGAAUAAGAAACUCAGGGAGGAAAGAGAACGUCAGAAACAGACCCAGCCUGAAAGCGAACAGCAACAACAACAACCGCAAACAUCCGCAGUGAAAGAGAACAUGCCUCCAUCAGGUCGGGUGAUCCGUCGCGCUGUCAAGCGUCGUCACGCCCAUCCUUUGGUUUCGCGUCUGGAGAAGGAUUACCUCAGCUCACCCACCUAUCACCGAUCCAGUCCCAAUCUUUAUCAACCCAACGAUGUUGUUGGGGGUGUUGGUGGUGUGGCUACAGCGAAUCGCCGGGGGGUUGCGGGCACGGUUGAUCGGGGUAGUCGCCUCUCUGUGGCCCCAUCCAUGAUGAUGAUGAUGACGGAUCAUUAUCAUCAGCAUCAACGUUCUCGUGUCUCUUCGGUGGAAUCCCUUCCCCUAAUCGCUCCGUCACCUGUCCUAUCCCUUCAACAAGGCCAAAGACGGCCGCCGCUGCUACCUCCAUACAAGUCGCAGGAGAAUAGCCGGCCGCUUUUCGUCCGUCCGGUUGACCCGCCUUCAAGAAACUCUUCAAGGGACAUCGGCCCGACUUUGGGGUUGAAGAAAUCGUCUAGUUUGGAGUCGCUCCAGACGGUCGUUCAGGAGAUCCAGAUGCAGGAGGAGGAGCCUCAAAUCGGUUGCUACGGCUAUCACCGGCCGACGGCCAUCCGGGUGGUUCGAGGACGCGGCUGCAAUGAAAGUUUCCGAGCGGCUGUCGAUCGCAGCUACGACGAGUCGGGCCAGCCAACUGACGGCACCAACAAAGAGCCCAUGGAGACACUGGACGAAGCGUUGGAAGUCGAGGUGAAUGAAAUGAUGCCACCGCCACGCUCUCCAUCGGACAUCGGAAUUCCCAUGUUGAACAACAAGAACGAGACGCGCAAGAGCAAAAAGAAGAACGCCAACGCGGCCGGACUCCUUUUGAAAGGCCUGGGCUCCAUGUUCCGCUUCGGCAAGCACCGCAAAUCCGCACCAGCCAGUCCAGAAUCCGGUCAUCAGUCAUCCGGAUCGGAUCCGACAGUUUCGGGUCAUCAUUCCAUGGCCGGCGGCCACAUGAUUAUGCCUUCGUCCGGAAACCAAUCUCACCAUCACCACCAGAACGAGCGGAGAUCUUCUUCCGGUCAUUCCGGAAGCAUCGGCAGGUCGUCUGCCGUGACCGAAGUGGACCGCCAUCACGUCCUCAGACGAACUCUUCCGCCCGAUGAACGUGACCGUGCAGAACUCGGACGCCAAAUGGCCAUCGCCGUCGCUCGCCAGGCCGCCCAAGAUGAGCAGAAGAGAAUACAACAUCAUUAUUUACGGUUGAUGGAUCAGCAACAACGCCAGGCCGCCGCCGCUCACGAUCACCAGCAGAAGCAACAACAACAGCAGCAGCAACAACAAGGGAAUUCAACAACAACUGGUGACCGCUCGCAGAGGCUGCACCAGCUGCGCGCCCAGCACCAAAAACGGCACGCCGAACAACAAAGACAGUCGACUCACACGCCGACGGAACAGUUCGAGUCGAAUAAAAAGAAUGUGCCGGAAAUCAUACACGGACGCUCGGCCAGUUACGACCCUUACAACGACGUGAGGAAACCCCGUAGCCGGGCAGCUGUCGGCGAACCCAAUACUCUUAUGCCCAUUCCGGCCGUGCCUUCCUCCACGUCCAACUACAACAACAAUUACGACGAAUUUCAACUCAAUCGGCGUCAGCAGCACUAUCACUCGCAGCGAUCGGCUCGCGAGACGCGGAUGAGCCCACCUGGUGGAAAUGGUUGGUCGGGUGCCGAUCGGCCCGUCUCCAACUAUUUCGAGUAUGAAAGUCUUCACAUUGCUGGUCACAAGGUCGCAUUAAGCGGACCACCUUACAAACCUCAGCAACAACAACAACAAUCGGGAAAUCGUCGCCCACCCACCAUGCAGGGCGAUGAUACAACAUUUUUCCGGCGCCCUGAUAGAAACAGCACUGGUCAUGAAUUCGGAAGCAAUCAAGGACGGGCAUCUCAACGGGAAUCGGUUUAUGGUGCAUCCAACUACGGAAGCGGCAGCCAAAAUAACCCCAGCAGACCGGCUCCUUUGACAGGAUCUAAAGUCUGAGCAGCAGCGACGGCAGCAGCAGCUAACAUUCAGCUAAUUAUAUAGGGACAAUAGGUAUCUGUGUUAAUAUCAAACUCAAAAAAAUAUGAAACUAUCAAGUACUUUGAAAACGAAUGCAUGUGCAGUCCAUUGGUCAGAUUUUCUUUGAAAUAUUUUCAAAGGAAAAAAGUCCAUUUUCAUUUUCAUUUUUUUGCUCGAUCAAAAAAACUGUUGAAUUGUAAAUAACUUAAGAAACUGUUUAUUUUUUCAACACAAACCCAACGCGGAAAUCUUCAAAGUCUGUCCCCAUUAACCAAUCUAUUUUAAAUAUUCCAAUCCCUCUUUUUACAUUGAAAACACAAAUUAAGCUGAAAAAGUAAGAGCAAAUCAUGUGUUGUACAUAUCGCGGAACCGUCCAUGAAAGAAAGAAGAAAAGAGUAUUAUUUUCUUUUUUUUAACUAUAAAUAGUCCCAGUCGUCAAUUGAAUAUUCUCGCACUAAAAAAACAAAAUUGAAAACUUGACGACUUACGGGCCAAAUGUUUGUUUUUGAAUGAAGAAGAGUUCUACAAUUUGACGCUAAUAUUUGCGCAGGUUGGCUCUUGAAAACUGUUUCAAAUCGUGUGUCUUCAUCUGUCACUUUCUAUUUGUUUUUAUACAUUCCCCCCAUUUGCCAUAUCAAAUCAAGUGUCUAUUAUUCCCCCUCUCUCAUUUGUAAUAAUAAUUUCUUUUAUAUUUCGGUUUUUAACUAUGCAUCACAAAACACACUCCGAUAUAUAGUAUAAUAACUCUGCUACUGUUUAAUUUUUUUUUUCCGGUCGAAAGAGAAAAAGAAAAGAAACUAGAAAAAAAAUUAUCUUUUGAAUAAACGAAUGACGUGAUUCUA